AUGGCGCGCGCGGCGUCGCCGCCGCGCGCGUCCGCGUCCACCGCGCUCGCGUACGCGCUCGCGUCCAUCUCGCUCUCGCUCGCGAACGUCUCGCUCUCGCGCCGCUCGGACGCGACGACGACGACGACGACGACGACGUCGUGCGUCGUCCUCGCGUGCCAGUGCGCCUUCACGUCGCUCGUCUUCUUCGUCGUCGCGCGUCGCCGCGACGCGUCCUUCUCGCUCGGCCGUCUCCUCCGCGGCGCCGCGUCGCUCCGCGUCGCGCCGCUCGCGUGCGCGCACGCGGCGUCCGCGCUGACGCGCCAGGCGGCGACGUCGCGCCUCCCGCUCGCGACCGUCGUCGUCGCGCGGCAUCUGUCGCCGCUGCUCGUCAUCCCGCUGGAGCUCGUCUGCGACGCGUCGUCGACCUUGCCGACGCCGCGCGCGAUCGAGGGGCUGCUCGUCGUCGCGCUCGGCGCGGGCGCGUACGCGCACGGGACGAGUCCGGAGGGCGUCGACGGCGUGGGCGCGGCGGGGAUGGAGGAGUGGAACGCCGGGAUGCGCGCGCUGGCAGCGCACCUGUUCGUCACCGCCGCGAUGCUCGUCGCGACGCGACUCGCGCUGCUGUCGGACGAGGAAGUGUCGGAUAAAGUGUCGGACACGUGUCGGACGACGCGCUCGGAAGGGAGAGGAGGAGCUAAAGGAGGAGGACGGCGGCGUUCACGGCGGCAUCCGGACGCGUUCACGGCUUGCGUAAACGCGGCGACGGCGCCGGUUUUCGCGCUCGCCGCGUUUGUCUUCAGCGGCGGCGGCGGCGGCGGCGCGUCCCGCGCGACCGCGCGCGACGUCUCGAUCGCGGCCGCGACGCUGCCGCUCGCCGCGGCGAUGAGCUACGCGCAGACGCGAGCGCAGGCGGCGUUCAGCGCGACGUCGUUCACGGCGAUAGGGAACGUCGCGAGGGCGGCGGCGGCGGGCGGCGACGCGUUGAUGGUCGGAGGCGUCGUCCGCGGCGGCGGCGGCGGCGACGGCGGCGACGGCGGGCGAAACGCGCUCGUCGCGUGGUUUGGGCUCUUCGCGGUUUUCUACGGGAACGCGACGUACGCGAGGGAGACGACGCGGGAGGCGGCGCGGAAGCGCGACGGCGACGGCCUCAAGACGUCCUAA